UCCCCUUGUUAAUCUCAACUCUCACAAUCUCUACUUCAUUCCACAACUACUACAACAAACUAGAAAAGAACAUGGCUUCCAAGGCAAUCCUUUUCACUCUUCUUCUUGUUCUUGUUCCUACCAUAACAUCACUUGUCUCAACCAACACUAAGUUGCCCAUCUUGCUAGCCAUUCCUCUAAUCUUGUUUGUGUUGCGAAACUCCUUUUCCAGGCGCUCCUCGAAAAACCUCCCUCCUGGGCCAGUUUCCCUCCCAAUAGUGGGAAACUGGCUCCAGGUGGGAAAUGAUUUGAAUCAUCGCUUUCUCACCUCACUUUCUCAAACUUAUGGCUCGGUCUUCCUCCUCAAACUCGGGUCCAAGAACUUGACAGUUGUCUCGGACCCUGAGCUCGCCAACCAAGUCCUCCAUGCUCAAGGUGUCGAGUUUGGCUCUCGCCCUCGCAAUGUUGUCUUUGACAUAUUCACUGGCGGCGGACAAGACAUGGUCUUCACCGUCUACGGUGACCAUUGGCGCAAGAUGCGCAGAAUCAUGACGCUGCCGUUCUUCACUAACAAAGUUGUCCACUUUUAUAGUGCUAUGUGGGAGCGGGAAAUGGACUUGGUUGUGGAUGAUCUUAGAAGAGAUGAGAAGGUGAGAAGUGAAGGAAUUGUGAUCAGAAGGAGGCUGCAGCUGAUGUUGUACAAUAUCAUGUAUGGAAUGAUGUUUGACACUAAGUUUGAGUCUCUUGAUGACCCUUUGUUCAUUGAAGCUACCAAGUUUAACUCUGAAAGAAGCAGAUUGGCUCAGAGCUUUGAGUAUAACUAUGGUGAUUUCAUUCCUCUGCUGAGACCCUUCUUGAGAGGUUACUUGAAUAAGUGCAAGGACUUGCAGAGUAGAAGGCUGGCCUUUUUCAACAACUACUAUGUCAGCAAAAGAAGGGAGAUUAUGGCUGCAAAUGGUGACAAGCACAAGAUAAGCUGUGCUAUUGACCACAUAUUAGAUGCUGAGAAGAAAGGAGAGAUCAGUAAAGAGAAUGUCCUCUACAUUGUGGAGAACAUCAAUGUUGCAGCCAUAGAAACCACCUUAUGGUCCAUGGAAUGGGCUAUAGCUGAGUUGGUCAACAAUCCAAUGGUUCAAAGCAAAGUUCGAGAAGAGAUCAGAACCGUCCUUAAAGGUGAAGCUGUAACAGAAUCUAACCUGAAUGAGUUGCCAUAUCUACAAGCUACUGUGAAGGAAACACUGAGGUUACACACUCCAAUACCUCUUUUGGUACCCCAUAUGAAUCUUGAAGAAGCUAAGCUAGGAGGCUACACCAUUCCAAGAGAAUCCAAGGUUGUGGUCAAUGCUUGGUGGUUGGCUAACAACCCUGCAUGGUGGAAGAAGCCAGAGGAGUUUCGACCAGAGCGGUUCUUGGAAGAGGAAGGUAGCACUGAGGCCGUGGCUGGAGGGAAAGCCGAUUUUCGAUUCUUGCCAUUUGGUGUGGGUAGGAGAAGCUGCCCUGGUAUCAUACUUGCCUUGCCAAUAUUGGCUUCUGUUAUUGCAAAGCUGGUUUCAAGCUUUGAAAUGAAGGCUCCUAAUGGAAUGGAUAAGGUUGAUGUGAGUGAGAAAGGAGGACAGUUCAGCUUGCACAUUGCAAACCAUUCCACUGUUGUUUUCAAUCCAAUCAAGCCAUGAUUUUCACAGCUGAGUUAUGUCCCUCAAAGGGCAAAACUGGUUCAGUUUCUGUUGUUUUACUUUUCUGUUAAAUGUUUCCUUUGAUCAGUAUUCUUUUCUUCAACAAAAAUAAUUGUAAUUCACACUGGUUCAAAUAUAAAAAUUUGGACAUUAUAAAUAACAAGAGAUACUUUCAGUUUCAAA